AUGGACAUGGAGGUCUUGGAUUUGAAGGCAGUGAAAGUGAUACAUAUCCCCAGCGGUGUAGAAUGUCGUGAUACAACACCUGUGGCCCGGAUAGAGCAGCAAGAUGAGUGGGAGGAACAUAAUCACGCGGGAACUGAGUGUUUAGUGAUCCAACUAUUCGGUGAACUUCGUCUGUGCCUGACCGUGUGCGACCGCGUGUACACCUACUACACCACGCACGAGGAGAACAGCAGCCAUGAGGUGGACACGAUGGUGCUCAGCCUCGGCACGGCGCUCAAGAACAUCUUCCCCGCCGUGCCGCUCACGCACAUCAUCCGCAAGGUGGACAUCCAGCCUGCGAAGCGAAUGCAGCAGCUGGACGAGCUGGAGCGGGCAACCUUAGGGGGCACCAGGGACAUGGGGCCAUGUGGGGGCUUCUCCACACAGUACAUGUGCAUGUGUGACUACCACGCCCUGCCAUACAGAGAAGAGGUGGCGUGGGACGUCGACACUAUCUACCUCUCUCACGACACGCGAGAGCUCUACCUGCAUGACUUCGACUACCUAGAGCAGAAAGAUCUCAUACCUAUCAUCAGUGCUCUGGAGUACAAUACAUGGUUUCGAAAGCUGCGGGCCAGUCACAGUAAACUCUCGCAUGAAGCUAUAGAAAGAAUUUUACAUGUUGUCAGCAAGUCUCUUAGCUUAGAAGAAAUCUACUUAGAUAACAUUGGUGCCAAAGCUGAAUUUGCAAACAAGUUGUCUCUAGCGCUUUUGUCCAAUAGCAACAUUCCUCUUCAGAAGCUUGACCUCUCCCACAACCCCAUUGAGGACAAAGGUUUAAGCAAUCUGUGCGGUCUGGUGGCCAAGCUGUCUCCGGUGGCAGGGGGUGCUGUUCACAUCAGUAAUCCCAUCGGACGACAAGCCAAAGGACUUAGUCACCUGAAUCUCUCCCUUUGUGGACUUACUGGAAAGGGUGUCAACAUGUUAGCACAUUCCCUGUCAGUCAAUAAGUACAUGUGUCAGACUUUGACAUUCCUUAGCCUAGCUGGCAACUCCUUACGGGACGAUGUCAACAAUCUUUAUAAUUUCCUAGCUCAACCUAAUACGCUGAAGACUCUUGAUCUGUCAGCAACAGAAUGUGCCAUCGAUGCUGUAAGUUACAUGUGUCAGACUUUGACAUUCCUUAGCCUAGCUGGCAACUCCUUACGGGACGAUGUCAACAAUCUUUAUAAUUUCCUAGCUCAACCUAAUACGCUGAAGACUCUUGAUCUGUCAGCAACAGAAUGUGCCAUCGAUGCUCAACAGAAUGUGCCAUCGAUGCAGAAAUUAGAACAGAAUUUGUGCUUCCUUGAAGUGUUUUUACAUUGUCAGACUUUGACAUUCCUUAGCCUAGCUGGCAACUCCUUACGGGACGAUGUCAACAAUCUUUAUAAUUUCCUAGCUCAACCUAAUACGCUGAAACUCUUGAUCUGUCAGCAACAGAAAUGUGCCAUCGAUGCAGAAAUUAGAACAGAAUUUUGUCUUCCCACCCCCAAUCACAGCAACUACAGUGUCAAGUUUCUGCCAUUCCCCGUUCACGAUGCCAUGUUGUGCAUGAAGACGGCCCCUGAACGGACAGAAAACCUCAUGCGCAGGAUACAGGACACGCUCUAUAGAAAUGUGUCACCCAUGAAGUAUUCCAAUGGACAGGCAUUCAGAUUACAACAGGGAUUCCUCUUAAGUUCAACUCAGCAGCAGGUAGACAGGCUGGUGCUACAGACGGGGGAGGCCGUGAGGACCUUGCGACGGUCAGGCAGCGACCUCGUUGGUGCAAACUCGCUGCAGUGGGCUGAGGGACUCAUCACAGAUGCAGACAGCUCCAAGCAGCUGAUCAGCCACCUUCACGACGUGGUGCUGAGGAGGGAUGAGGCUGGCAACCCCAUAGAGACGAAGCUGCACCAGAUCUCGUCCGAUCUCCACACCGUCAUUACCAACUACCUCCAGGACACAGUUGAGAGCAUGGUUAGGUCUGCACAAGACAAGUGUCCCAACGUCUUGAGCGAGGAGAAGGUGGUGGACGACGUAAGGGCUGCCUGCCUGGCUAAGUCGCAGCUAUCAUCCCAGUUGGUAGAGACUGCCAUCGUGGAGCAGGCUGGUUCAGUCAUCCUCAACAAGGUGAAUGAAGUCAACCUGGCCAUUGCAUCAACUGUGUCUGAUAGGGUGAUUGAUGAAGUAGUCGACUCCCUGUCCAAAACGUGCAAGAACUUGCAAUCUGGUGAAGGGCCAAGGAAGAGGGCUUCAACAGGAACUGAAAUGGGAAGUCGCGAGCGAGGAAGCAGCGAGUCUUCGACACGCAGUGAGCGCUCUGACACAGUCAGCCAAGGGGACGACACCACCAGCCAAAAGUCUGACCCAUCACCACUGGCUACCCCGCAGCUUGCAUCAAAACGCAAGAGUCUCCAUGGAAGAAAGUUGAGGCCACAGAGUGUUGUAGCUGAGUCAUUAGACAGUGUGUCGGAGUUACCAAGCAGCUGUGGACAGCUGCAGCACUUGGGCAAGGCCAGACCUCGAAGAGUGAAGACCAGAGCCCCAACCAGACCCAUGGGCAGAGCUGAUCUAGUCGAGGAAGACCAUGACAUUUCUGAGGGCGUUGACACCUUCUUCAGGCCUGGGUCAUCAACUCCCACAACACCCCUCAUCUCCCCUGACUCGGAGAACAGCCCACGGCUACUCAAGUAUGGCUCCACCUCCUCCGUUGAGAGCUCCCCCCACACGGGCGGAGCGAGAACUGGCAGUGAGAGAGGCAGCAUCGAGUCACUCACGCGGUCUGACUCGCUGGCGCGGUCGGAGUCAGACGUGACGAGGGAGAGCCCACGGCCGCGCACCAAGUCUCGAGAUACGGAGGAGGAAGAUGAGAUGGAAGAUGAGGAUCAAAGCAUAGAUGAGAAGAGCCGCAGUGUAACCAGCCUGAUUGGAAGACGAGCCAAUGAACCGAUGUUGAAGAGAUCACCAGAUAUGAGUGCAAGAAAAGCCUCAACAUCAUCAAACAUCAGUUCUAUGGAUGACAAAAGCCGCAGUGAGGAAGAUGGGAAGGAAGAUUCUCCCCCAAGGAAAGUAGCUGGCUUGCCCAAGUUCGGAAUGGGCAUCGGAGGAAACAUCUUGGCGGAGAUGAAGAUGAUGCAGGAGAAAAGAACUUCUGUCUUACCAAAGGAUGAAGACAAGGAUCGUGAUGAGAGAAAGGAAAACCCUUCAAGCAGCUUGCUCGCAGGUGUGAGGCUGCGGUCCACAGGCCUCGCAGACAGCCUAAAGUCUCCUACCAAUGGCUUCCCAAGAGGAUCCAGUGGCAGCAAAUCUCCAAACUGUAAUAGGGAUUCGGUUAUUGAAAACGCAGGUGAAUAUGAGUCCAGUGAUGCCACAGAAGACGAGCAAACCAGUGCCCCAGUGAGGUCAGUAAGGGAGAUGGCGGCAUCCCUCGCCCGCAGUUCGGUUGGGGAGGAAGCUGGAGGCAAGAAAAAGUCCUCUUCCCUCCCCCGGAACACACCCCAAGCUGCCAACAGUGGUGUGGCUCCUGAGCUGCUGGUAAUCCUCGACAAGAGACGCUCAACCAUCACAAACAACCAGCUUGAGGAGCUGGAGGAGACGUGGGUGGACGGUGAGCAGAGCACAGGAUCAAGCGCAGCCCCUCCCCUGCAUCGGCAGACGUCACACAAGCAUGUCCUCACCACUGAUCUAGCACUUGAAGAUGUUGUUAAUGUUUGAUUGUCAGAAUUGUUAUUUUGAUGAAGGAUUUUUUUCCAUGUAACAUUGUUUCAUGAUAUUUUUCCCAUUCCAUCAUAGAUGGAACUACAUUUGUUGCUGAGGCAUAAUAAUGGUAAUGUUCAUUAUGACAAGUGAUGAAGAAAUUUAAUGUUAUGUCAUUGUGUGACUGGCCAUACAGUUUCCUUUUCCAGUGAAGUAAGUGUAACUUGCUGUAUUUUCCUUUCAUGGAUAAACAGCUUUCUUCAUGAUUGUAAUUCAUAAGGCUAUGAAGGGAAUUUUAUUUAUUGAAUUUUACUUUGGUUUAUAUAGUUAUUUGUAGUCUGCUUGGAUAGCAAGACUGCAGAAUCUACACAGCCACAGAGACAUCUGAUGCCAUGAUGCGAUGUUGGUAGGAUUGUUAUGGUGGGACGGCAGACAUGUGAGAAAAUCAAAUGCAUUAACAUCACGCUUGCUCUUCUGCAAAGAUCAUGAUAGAGGCAUUAUGAUUGGACUUUUUGGAGAUUAAUAUACAGCUCAAACUGUUCGUACAUUUGCAUUUAAAGCCACAUUUUCUCAAGUCUUCUAACAGGCUUUCACUAUUAAGGAUAAUCCUUAUAUGUCUGUAUAAAUGUCAAUAUAGAUAAUGUAUAGUCAAAGAUAUAGGUCACUGCCAGCAUUGGUUAUUCAGAAGGUCAUUCUUGAUGUACAUAAUAGCAGCACAAAAUUUCUUGUAGAUGAGGAAUUGCAUUUAUAAAUCAUUAUUUGUAUGUAGGUUUCCCAUCUUCCAAAGCACGGGACACGUUUCAUUCACGAUUUGUUGGUCAGUAUGUAGAUUAUAGCUACUUCAAUUUUUUAAACCUUUGUGAUUUUUGCUAGAAUUGUGAAGCAAUUUUCAGAUAUACAUUGGAUGAAAAUAGUUAUAUAAGAAUAAAAGAAAAAAUAGAGAAGUGAGGUAUUACAAACUCGUGCAUUUUCUCUUUCUGAAAAUUCUCAAGAAAUUCAUAUCAGAAAUUUUGACCUUUAAGUAGAGGAAUUUAAAGUCCUUAUAAAGAAUUUCUUGAGUCUUGACCUAAAGUUCUCUAAAGUGAGCAUCUGGACUGCAAUUAAUCUUUUAUGAAUGAGCUUUUAACCAUGUUAAGUUUUUAAUUUUAUGACAUUUGUUUUCCUUACAAAUGCAAGUACUUGUUCGUGUAUUAUGACCAAAUUGCAUGUAAUGUAGUAUUUUAUCAUUGUUUUUUUUUUACUGUGAAUGGAUUUGAAAACUACUUUGGGAAAUUUUCCAAAUGAAGAAUUGCUAGGACAAAAAGGAACUUGUCAGUAGCUUUGUUGAAAUAUGCAUUUUUGUGCAUUGCAUUUUAUGUUUACAAGCAGUUUGUGAUGGUUAUUAUGAAUAAAGCAUCCUUCUCUAAAUGACAUGUUGAUAGUUAGGUCAGUAAUACAAUUUGAUUCAUAGUCAGGAUAGAUUAUUAGGUAUUGAUAUUUAAAUGUUAAUUAAGUGUUUCCUUUUUUUUUUUUCUUUUUUUACAAAGAGAAAGUAUUAAGUGCAAUCUGUUUUAUGUCUGCAGUUUAUAAAGGAUUUACUAUCAGUAUGUGGCUUGCUGGUCACAUUGUUUGUAAUGCUUUGCCUCAAUCUACUGAACGUUGAAAGUGGACAGUGUACUGUGUGGAGCCUGUUCUUAACAGGCGUGAUAUAAAUAUUGUUACUAAAGUAAGAGUUGUAUGCUUGCUCUGUCAGAAAUGCAUUACAGCUUAUGUACAGCUUGUUUUGUUAAGAAAAAAAAAGAAAAAAAAAAAGGGUCUGUCAGAAGAGCUUUGUGCCAAGAAAGGUUGCAAGAGAAAUUUAUACUCCUCAUUAAAGAGCUGCGGAUGUCUUUUUAUGUCUUGACGUGUUAUGAUUGUGAUUUUCUGCGCUGAUUUUGAGGGUUCCUGAUAAGUGGAUGAUGAUAAUGAUGAUGUGGUGUAUCUGUGAUGAAUUUUGCUUGUGGUGUGACUUUAUUUGGUAAUUUGAUUUUGACAGGCAGUUUUUGUUUGUUUGGGGGGCAAGAAAAAACAAAAAACUAUAUAUUUGCAUUAGCUGUGGAAACUUUCCUUCCGUCUUCUCCUGGGCUUCGGAGAACAUACCGUGUGAGGACAACAACUGUGGAUUUUCGAGGUAGUCAUCUGAUAGAGAAAUGUUUUGGAGGAUAUUGAUGAAUAGAAACCUGUUUUCUUUCAUAAUCUUGUGUUGUUUUUCAUUACAUGAUAAGUUGUGAAUGGAUUAGCAUAUAUAUAUAUAUUUUUUCCAUUAUCUUUUUUAAGUUAAUAAAAUUUUUGUGAUCUUACAUUUAUUGCAAAUUAAAUUAGUGGAGAAUUUUAAGGCUCUUUAACAAAUCUUUUUUUUUUUUUUUAUUGAUUAUCACCCUUUUAUAGAUUUUGGCUUCAGUUCAAAAAUUUGAUAUUUAGAUGGAGCCCUUUUAUGCAGUUGAAUUUCUAGGGAAGAAAACCAUUAGAUAACAAGGAGUGGAGAGUUUUCAGGCUUUAAAUAAGGCAGUACAAAAAGGCCAGUGGCAAAUGUUUGUUUCACAGUGCUCACAGGAGACAAUACACUUUUGAAAAUCAAAAAAAUAAAAAUAAAAAAUAUAAAAAAAUAUAUAUAGAUAAUUACAAAUAAAAAAAAUGAAAUAAAAAAAAAAAAUAUUAAAACUGACAUUUGUAUAGACUGUAGAUAAUAGUUGAUGAGAAGAAAAAAUCUAAGCUUUGGUACCUUCCUCAAAAACCACCCUUAGUAUUCCUUGCAGAGUCCACCGCACCUCAUGCCCCUUGGAGACCCUCAUAGCGUGCAGCUACUGUACCAUUGUUUGAUCCUUGAUGUUACUGUGUAUGUUUUUUCACACCUUCACCUGCAUCGAGUAGCAGCAGAUUUAUAUACAUUCAUCCUCACUUCAUAAUUCUCUAUAUAUAUGGUAAUGAUAAUUUGAUGAAGGUACAGUAUUCUAGCAGGUAUCUUUAUAAAUUACUUUACUGUACACUACACACUCAAGUGUAAUUUUCUUAAAUCUGUUAUUGGCUUUUAAAACGUUUACAUCAAACAGGACACAAGAACUGUAGUGAAGUUUUUUCACCCAUUUUGACAAUUAUUGUUUGAUGUUUAGGCAUAAAAUAAACAUUGUACAGUCUAAUACCAGUCUUACAAGUCUCUUGUUAGUCAUUAAUUGAUUUAUUUUCAUUUUCAAAUCCAGCAUAAUGUCAGAGAAAUUGUUGUAGUAACUUAAAUCUUCUUAAGUAUGGCUCAAAUGUUGUGAUUGUGAGGUGCAGAACAGGCAAGGGACGAAAGAAAAAUAUAGUCUGAACUAUACAUUUUAUAUGUAUAUUACUUAACUCCUGUUGAUUGACACACAAGUGUAAUCAUUUUGCUGCAUCACACUAUUGAAGCUUAAUUCAAAUCAAUCCCUUUCGUUAUCCUCAUCUGCCUGCAUUGCGAGAGACCGUGUGCGUGCCAUGAUUAGCUAGCAAUCUGAUUGUGGUCAUUGUGAGUUGUGAUAGUAUCAAAGUGCUCCCAUGUGUCUUGUGAUCUUUUGUUUUUAUGUUCAUUUUUAAAAAAUUUUAGUUGCUUUCUAUGAUAUGACUGGAGAGCCUAUUAUAUGACCACAGGUUUUGUUGCAUUAAGCAAUGUUUUACCCUUGCAAUGUAAAUAAUUAAUUGUCAUAUUUUAUAUUUUACAAUUAUUCUACUGCCUUAAUAAAACUUAUUUCCUAUGAA